AGCAAACUGACCGCCUACCGGAUCCGCGCGCAUCCCAAAAUUCCCCAGCAGCUCGGGAAAAAGAAAGAGAGAGAGAGAAAACCAUCCCGAAUUGACCGCAUCCAAAUCGCAUAUCACAUAUACAAAACACAUUUCACCCACUCCUUCUCUCGCUUUAAUCCCCUCCAGGUCCAGGUCCCAAGACCGUGACCCGAAACUCUAUCUGCAAUCCCCUCCAGAAAAAUGUCCUUCACCACCCCCCUCCGCCGCAGCACGGUCACGGCCACGGCCACGACGGCCCGGCUUCAACCCUCGACGACCUUCAUCUGCUCGCAAUGCCGCCAUGCCACCCUCCUGCGCCGCCCCAAGCGGCCCUAUCAGUUCACGCAGCUGAUCACCCUCUCCGACGGCAGCACCUUCACGCACCGGACCUCCUCCCCGCUCCCCAUCUACCGCUCCACCCGCGACACGCGCAACUCCGUCAUGUGGAACCCCUCGUCCAGCCGGCUGGCCAGCCUGGAGCAGGACGAGGCCGGACGCCUGGCGGCCUUCCGUGCCAAGUUCGGUCGCGGGUUCGACACCAACACCGCCCCUGCUGGGAGCGAGGCCGAGAAGACGGCCGAGGCCGAGGCGGCUCAGGCCGAGGCCGAGGAAGAGGAUGAUAACCUGUUGGAUUUGAUCAGUUCGUUCGGACAGCAGGAGGCCGGGCCUUCGGAGAAGAAGAAGAAGUGGUGAUUUGGUCUUAGUCGUUUGUUUGAGGAAGUUGAAGCGAAAUGAGAGGGAGAGGCGAGGUUGAUCGUUGGCCCCGGCCUUUUUUUCGCCUUCCUUUUUAUCUUACCCCAGCUAGAUUUGUACUAUGUGAUGGGCUUCAAGAUGGGAGGUGUCUCUGGGAUCGUUGUUGUGGGAUCGUUCCUCCCCAAAUUUGUUUUUUUUCAAUGUACAGUAUACACACACACAUCGUCAUCAUACCACGC